AUGAAUAAAAUUAUUACAUUUUUAUUUGUAAUAUUAGUUUUAAAUGUAUCAUUAAUCAAUUGUCAAUAUGGUACACCAACUUUUAAAAUUGAUAAUUCACCAACUCUCCAAUUAGUUAAACAAUAUAAUCAAAGUCAAAUUUAUUCUUUAUCAUCAAGUGGAUAUGAAAAACCAAUUAUUAUUGCAAAUUUAACAGGUACUCAUUAUGAAAUGGGAUUUGCAGCAGGUUAUUUAAUGGCACAAGAAGCUUAUGAAAAUUAUAAUGUUAUGGUUGGAGCAGUUUUACCAAAAACUUGGGAAAAGGAUGCAUUUGAGAAAUUCCUUGAUUGGCAAUGGAAUGAUUAUUUAAGUAAACAAAUUACUCAAAAUUAUUUAGAUGAAAUCCAAGGUUACUCCGAUGGUGCAAUAGCAAGUGGUUUCACUCAAUUAGGUAAAACCAUUGAACGUGGUGUUGUCAUUAGUAGUUUUCCAGGUGACCCAACCGAAAAUAUUGAAUAUUUAUUAAGAAAUGAAUUAUUAGGUGGUUUCUCUGACUAUUUAAUUAGAAUCGAUAGAUUGGAUGUUUUAUCAAAAAUUAAAGAAAUCAUUUCCAAUCAAGAAGAGGAAGAUACUACUAGAUCUUCAAAAGGAUUACAAUGCUCACAUUUCUCAACUUGGGGUGAUAAAACUUUUAAUGGUGAUAUGUUUAAUGGUAGAAAUUUAGAUUGGUUAAAUGGAUCAGGUAUUAGUAAUAAUAAAUUGAUUACAUUCUAUAAUCCAGUUGGUCAAUAUUCACAUGCCGCUAUUGGAUUUGCAGGUUUAAUUGGUGCAAUCGUUGGUAUUAGUUCCAAGGGUAUUUUCGUAGCUGAAUCUGAUAAUGACUCUGUAAAGGUUACUUUUGAUGGUUUUGCAUGGUCAAUGAGAUUACGUUACAUCAUGGAGAAUGCAGCCAACAUCGAGGAGGCAGUAUCACUAUGGGAGUCCACUAACAAUACAAUGGGCAUGUGCCACAGUCUUGCAAGUGCAACUGAGGCAUCAACCGCUGAGCAUCCAGCAUUCGCUUUGGAAACUAUGAAGGGAUACACCGCAUUCUUCUCUGACAACGAUCCAAACGAACAUUACAUUUACACUGAUCCAAAGACCGGUGAACAAACUCAAAUGGGUUACCCAUUAGACAACGCAGUCUAUCGUACAAAUCAUGGUUAUGAUGAAACUAUUCGUCAAAAUGAAUGGGAGCCAGCCAUCCCAAAUGGCGAUUCAUGGACUCGUUACAUGCUCUUCUAUAACACCUUUUCUUAUUACACCGCAUCCAACACCACAAUCUCUGAACUCCAAGCCAUCAACAUCACCUCUAUCCUUGGUAACAAACAUAGCAUCCAAGAUAUCUACUCUUCACCAGCUCCAUUCUACGAUUGUACUAACGCUUGGAUGGGUUACAACAUCAUCUCUUCAACUUUCCAUUUUGCAUCAAAUAAAAUGUUUGUAGCUUUUGAAGAAGGUUUUGGUCAACAAAGAAUUUGUGCUGCUUGUGGUACUUAUGUUGAAGUUGAUUUAACACCAUUUUUUGGUCCAUUUUAA